AUGAUCGACACGAGUACUCUCAAUUUAGAGGAGGUAGUACAAGACUUAACGCAUUACAGAUUGGCUCAAAGUUCUAAGGAUAGCUCUCAAGGUGAGGGUGUAGUAACAAGGACCGGAGAGUGGGGUUGUUCAAGCAAGCAUAAAGGCAAGAAAGGCAAUGGAAGGAAUCCUAAAUUCAAUGGUAUUCGUACAAGGCCAAAGAAGAGAAACUCUUAG